UACUUACGUCCAGAAUGAAUGUACCAUUGUAUAUGGUACAAUAUGGUACAUAUACAAUGAUUUUUGAAAUCCUGUUUCUCUUUGACAGAUCAGUUAACCUGUCAUAGUUUUGCAAGGCUAUCCUAAAAUAAUUGUAUAAAAUAAUAAUAUAAAGCUAAUGGCUUUAAUUAAAAAUUUACCCCUUCUUGAAGGAGCUAAAUUUAUCGUCAUAGAUGAAGAUGUUGACGCAAUGUAUGCUGAAAUUUUACUAAAUGGUUGGCUACAAAUGCUUGAAGAAAAAGAUUCUAAUUGUCCCAUCGAAUUACUAUCUCUGUCACGUCCAAAGCGCGCCUAUAAUAAUUGUCCAGAGCCCUUAAAAAACGUGCAUAUUCACGAUUUAUACAGUAUUGACUGGAAUGAGUUACCAUCAGACACAACAAUACUGAAAAGGCUUUUGUCCUUUCUUGAACCAUCAAAAGCCAAUGCUGUACUGAUUCUAGAUUGUCUUAGUUCUUUAGUUUUUCACAUUGGUUUGUCUCAAGCAUGCCAAUUUAUCUCUAAACUUGGUCAAAGUUGUCGUCAAUUAAUUUGUAUCAACCGACGAGACUUUACUCUUAAAAAAAUCCCUUCUAUCGAGACUCUUGGUACAUCUUACAUCAAGUUAAAAAAGAGUCCUAGAGUUCAACUGGAAAGAAAUUUCAUGUACGAGGCAUCAAUUAUACAUAGAAAGCCAGGUGGUAGUAUUGUACAUCAAAAUGAACUUGUAAAUCAAAAUAUUUCAAGUUAUGUUAUUUCGUCGGAGAAGCUUGAAGUAAAUCAGAAAGGAGAACCAGUCAAUAACGAACCAGUAAAAGUCUUGGCUUCCUUUAGAAUUGAAAUGAAUGCCCGUGAGAUGGAGCAACGUAAUAAAACUCCACUCCCUUACACAAUUUCCACAAAUGAAUCUAAAAUAUUAUAUAGUCCUGACGAUGUAGAUGAUCUCGAUGAGGAAGAUCCUGAUGAUGACUUAGAUUUCUAGUAUAGUCUCAUUUAAGAAUAUAAUAAACCCACAAAGAAGUGAUUUUAAAUACAGAUUGAAUAUUUUGA